UCUUCAGUUGCUCCGUAGUCGUUGUUCUGUAUGAAUCUUAUUAGAAAAGCAAGUGUCAUCAAACUGAAAUGAAGUUGCUAACCCUGCUAGCACUACUCGCUGCCGCGCCGUGGUCGACCGAGGCCAUCUUUCUGUCCAACUUGAACGACACGUGCUUCCGGUGCAUCUGCGAGGCAUCCACGGGUUGCAGCAACCGGAUGCAGUGCGGCCAAGGGUAUUGUGGCCCGUUUUCGAUCUCGCGCGCCUACUGGAUCGACUCCGGGAAGGUGGUCCAGCCGCAGGACGAUCCGAACCGGUUCGGGGCGUACGAGGAGUGCGCCAACCAGUACGACUGCUCGACCAACAUCAUUACGCAAUACAUGGAAAAGUACGGCAAGGACUGCAACAACGACGGCCGGGUUGACUGUGUGGACUACGCGAUGCUGCACAUCAACGGGGGACCAACGUGCCACCUGGCGCUGAACGCGGACUUUGCGCGCAAGUUUGCGACCUGUUUGAGGAGCAAUCAGCGACGGGGACGGGAUUAAGGUGAACACUUCGAAGAAUAGAAAAAAAAACAUUGUUUGGUAACAUAGAUAACAGCUUUAUUUUGUGCAAACACGAUUUUCUUACAGUAAAUGUACAAAUUUUGCUAU